CCGUUUCUUUUCCUCCUUGUGACGUUCUGUGAUUUUAAUGCGUCAUUCAGUAAAGCUGUUCAAGACUGAUUUAAACAUCUCGUGUCUUAGUAAAUGAGGAUUUCACUGUAUUUCAACAAGCUUCAACUCUUUCUGUGGCUGGUUUGCGUUCUCUCACAUGCAGCUAAUAUUUGGUCACAGAAACAUUGCGUGAUAGUGAUCUGCACUUGUGUGAACGCUCAGGAGCUACUGCUGGAAACUUUGCUGGAGUUAGUGAAUGAAGUUUCUGAAAAACAGUUCAGCAAAGGUGCUUGCGCAGUAAAAUCCCGUCUCAUUACAGUGAAUCUCACAGACAUGGACCCUCAGGUGCCCAAAGACAAAUAUAAUGGCGUGUGGUUGAUUUUCUUCAUGCUGGGGUUGGGAACGCUGCUGCCGUGGAAUUUCUUCAUGACAGCUACUAUGUAUUUCACAAGUCGUCUGGCAGAUCCUUCAAGUGAAGCGAAUUUCUCAGUCAACGCGACUGAAGAAGACUCCCGGAGCGUCUUACAGGCCAAGUUUAAUAAUGUGAUGACGCUGUGUGCGAUGGUUCCUCUGCUGGUCUUCACCUGCCUCAACUCAGUGCUUCACCAGCGUCAAAAGAAAGAAAAUAAGAAAUUAGAAUGUGGUUCUGCUAUACAUGACAGCGCUUUUGGAUACUUCAUCACAGCGUGUGUCGUUAUUUCCCUCGCCAUCGCAGCAUACGUUCUCCUUCCUAAACUGGAGUUUUUUCAGUACUAUCAGGAGAGUCAGCAGAGCAAACCAGCUGAGGAUGAAGAGAACAAGAUGGAUCUUCUGAAGAAAGAUGAGCGGCAGAAGAGCGCUGGAGACGACAACAAACAAACACCAUCCAUACUGGUCAUCUUUAAGAAGAUCUGGGUUAUGGCGUUCUCUGUGUGUUUCGCCUUCACCAUCACCAUCGGCACGUUUCCCGCCAUCACUGUGGAUGUUAAAUCUACUAUUGCUGAUGGCGGACAGUGGGAGUUGUAUUUCAUCCCAGUGUCUUGUUUCCUGUUAUUCAACGUGUUUGAUUGGCUGGGUCGCAGUCUGACCGCUGUCUGUAUGUGGCCUGGUAAAGACAGUAAGCUGCUGCCGGGUCUGUUAGUGGCCCGUGUGAUUUUUGUCCCUCUCUUCAUGCUCUGUAACGUCAAGCCUCGCCACAAUCUGCCCGUCUACUUCUCACACGACGGCUGGUUCAUCGGCUUCAUGAUCCUCUUUGCUUUUUCUAAUGGAUAUCUGGCGAGUCUGUGCAUGUGCUUCGGACCCAAGAAGGUGGAUGCGAGCGAGGCGGAGACGGCUGGAACGAUCAUGGCCUUCUUCCUGUCUCUCGGUCUGGCUCUCGGAGCGUCUCUGUCGUUUCUGUUUCGAGCGCUUAUCUGAAGUCUCGGUGGACACACACACACACACACACAGUGCUCUGGACAGAGAUGAGACUGAAGGAGCCUUACAGCUGUUCUCAUAUCCUCCAGAGCCACGCUUCAUACAGGACAAACUCACAACAUCAGCGUCACUUCAACAUCAAGACCUGAUCUUGAGCGGACAGUACACAGAUUCACUGAUGCUGGAUGCUUUGAGUCUUAAAUACUAUAUUUUAUUGCACAUAAUGUAAAGAACUUAAAGCCUACACUACUGUUCAAAAGUUUGGGGUCAGUAAUUAUUAUCAUUAUU